GUGGCCGCGGCCGGCCCCACCACUACUCAUGACACGGUUACCCCUGCUGUUCAUAUGGUCCGCCAUCGCCAUCGCACACGCUGAGGAGGCAGUGCCCUGCCCGCCGCACACGGUGUUCUGCGCCGGCCUGCUGGCGUGCGUGGCGCAGGAGGCGUGCCCCUCCGGCCAGCCACCUGGAGGCAGUCAGCCGACAUGCCCUGAGUCGCAGACGUACUGUGUGGGGCAGCAGCGAUGCCUGGGCGCUGGCGAGCUGUGCGACGCGACCAUCGCCGACCGCGUCUGCACCGAGCCCGACCACGUGUUCUGCAUGACCGAGAUGCGCUGCAAGCGGUCCGGCAGCUGCGGCAGCGGAGAGCUGCUGCCGCCCGCGGGCAGCUGGUGA